AUGAAACUCGCCCUCCCUGUCUUUACGCUCGCGCUCGCGGCGAUCGCCGCUGCAACAGCGGUCCCAGACUGCAACUCCUGCACCUCGCUGCUCGAGUUUUGCUUCAAGAACGGCCAUACGCCAGGCCAGACGGGCUGUCUACAGACUUGCCGUGAACACGUGUGCCACCGGACGCCUGCUGUGAGUUUUUAA